AUGACAACCAGUGGCCGGACAGACAUCAGCCGCACAAUUUAUCUAGGAAGCGUCCCAAAAGAAGCCACUCCUGCAGAAAUUCUCACACAGGUCAAGACUGGUGCAGUUGAUUCAUUCAAAAUCCUACCCGACCGGAACUGCGCCUUUUUAACAUUUGUUGAUCCAGCCUCAGCACAGGCCUUCUACCAAGAGUAUCUCUCACGAAAACUCACCGUCCAGGGCCAGGAUCUGCGUGUCGGCUGGGGAAAACCCAGCUUGGUAGCAACCCAGACCCAGGCCGCCCUCAAUGUCGGUGCAACUCGUAAUGUCUACAUUGGAAACCUUUCGACUUCAUCGACAGAAGAGUCUCUGGAGGAAGAACUGUCAAAAUUCGGUCAGAUAGAACAUGUCAAGAUCUUGCGUGAUAAGAAUAUUGCUUUUGUUCAUUUUACUUCCAUUGUCUCUGCCGUAAAAUGUGUAAAUGCCCUGCCAUCUGAACCAGCCUGGAGUAGUAGACGCAUCAAUUUUGGAAAAGACAGAUGUGCGUAUGUACCAAAGAACGGAAUCUCGGCCACAUUUGGAUUUGAUCCAUAUGCAUCCGGCGGCAUGAAUACAGCAUCGAUGAUGUCUCAAGCCUAUGGUAUGAGUAGCAAUCCCAUGAGUGCCAUCAGCGUGACACUGCGCACACUGUAUGUGGGUGGAAUCAUGCCCGAGGCGACCUGCGAAGACCUCUGCAAUUCGAUUCGUGGUGGUGUACUUUUCCAGAUCCGCUUCAUUCCCGAGAAGCACUUUGCAUUUGUCACCUUUGUGGAUGCAAAUGCUGCUCUCUCGGUCUACAACCACGCCAACACAUCCGGUCUUGUGGUCAAAGGAAGACGUGUACGGGUCGGGUGGGGAAAGCCUUCAGGAAUUCCUUCUACUGUGGCUCUGGCUGUCCAGACUGGAGCGUCGCGCAAUGUGUAUGUCGGUGGCAUCGAAGACGAGAUGACCGAAGAAAGACUCCGUGAAGACUUUUCAGAGUUUGGAGAAAUCGAACUGAUCAAUACUCUAAAGGAGAAGAACUGCGCGUUUGUGAACUUUACGUGUAUGAUGAAUGCGAUGAAGGCAUUGGCCGGCAUCAAGGAGAACCCGGUCUACGCCAAUUACAAGAUUAACUAUGGCAAGGAUCGAUGUGGCAAUCCUCCCAAAAGACAGGCCAACCCUAACAGCGCCAAUGGUAACAGCAGUAACGGGCACACUUCCAUCACACACUCUGCGGGUGCAACCGGAAGUACGACUGGUAGUUUAACUCACCAAAAUGAUUCGUCUGGUUACACUCAAGACACCAGUACAAGUGCAGUAAAGUACGAGGAAUGA